CAGCAGCGUGUCGCUCACCUGCGCGUCAUUGGUGCGUCCCUUAACCGUGUCACAACUUUUGAUGGAUUACCCCACUUCUGAGUGCUCAGGUGCGGCUCACUCCUCUCCGUCCACUCGCUAGUGCGCGUCUCUCCGAACUCUGUCAGACUCAAACGAGCAAAGUCAACAUGUUCUUGGUGUCGUUCUCGUGGGCGCACCUGUGCGGGCUUGCGUCCACGGUGCUGUCCACGCUGGUGGUGCUGAGCGCGCUCACGGUGAGGGGAACGAGCGCGGCCGCCACCGGCUGCCCGACGUGCGGCAUUCCUGCGAUGGAGAAGAGCACGGAGGAGCGUUACCUGAUCGAGAUGGCCAAACAGCAGAUCCUGAACAAGCUUCACCUGCGGGAGAGGCCGAACAUCACCCAGACGGUGCCGCGCGCCGCGCUCAUGACGGCCCCGCGCAAGCUCCACGCGGGCCGCGUCAGACAGGACGGAACGCUGGAGCUGGACAAUAACGUGCCAGACUCGCGCGCGAGCAACCAGGCGUACGAGAUAGUGAGCUUCGCAGAUGACGAUGCCGAGGUUUCUGCCAGCACCGACACCAGUCUGUCGUUCCAGUUCCUGCAGGAGAAAGGUCAAAGCGUGCAGGUGCUGCAGUCGUCGCUGUGGCUUUACGUGCGUCAGACCGACGCGCCUCAUCACGGCAGCCGCGUAAACGCAGAAAUCUCCCUGCCGGCGUCGAGCGGCACUAAUCGCACGCUGCUGCUCCAGAGGAGUGUGGAUGUGUCACGAGGCGGAUGGCACACGUUCCCCGUCACCGGCGCCCUGCAGGCCUUUCUGGACGGCGGUCAGCGGAGGCUCCGUCUGGAGGUGCACUGCGAAGACGGCGGUCGAAACCUCUGCAGUCGCGAAGCAUCGGGCGAAUCCUCCAAUCAGCCGUUCCUAGUGGCACAGGUGCAGCUGCGUGAAGAUGCCAACAAACACACACUGAGCAAACGCUCGCUGCAAUGCGGCGACGACGUGAGCGUGUGCUGCAAAAAAGACUUCUACAUUAAGUUCCGUGACAUACAGUGGCAGGACUGGAUCAUAGCGCCUGAGGGCUACCAUAUGAACUACUGCAUGGGACAGUGUCCGCAGCAUUUAUCCGGCUCGCCCGGCAUCGCCUCGUCCUUCCACGCCACCGUCUUCAGUCAACUGAAGGCCAACGGCAUCCACACAGCCGUGUCGUCCUGCUGCGUCCCCAUCCAGAGACGGCCGCUCUCCAUGGUCUACUUCAACUCGCAGCACACCAUCGUGAAGACCGACGUCCCGGACAUGAUCGUCGAGUCCUGCGGGUGCACAUAAAGAACAAUUACAUGACUUAAAGUGUUAGUUCACACAAAAAUGAAAAUUAGCCUGUGACUUACUCACCCUCAAGGCAUCCUAGGUGUAUAUGUGACCACAAAACCAAUCAUAAGAGAUGAAACAAGCUUUCCAUUGAUGUAUGG